CAAUAGACCCCCCCCUUACUAGACGAACCGCGCCCGUCCUGGGAACUUUACUUUCCCCUGCUUUUCUCUCCUAACCUGGGUUAGUUUGAUCAUUUCCCACGGCAGAUAUGAGUUCAGCCGUGUCAGAGGGCUGUUUUCUGUCCGCUUUGCAGCCCAACUCUUCCUGGACCGCUUAUGUUGUUCCCUCGGACGGCCCGUCUCCAGACCCGGUGGCUAAAGCCAGGAGGGUCCGGGAGCAGGUCCGUAUGCGGCUGGCUGAAAAAAGGUCCUCCUCCCUGCCUAGACUGAACGACUCUUUCAGAUCAACAGACUACUGCAGUCCUGAUGUAAGGAGUUUGAACCAUACCCACGGUUUCAGUUCCAGAUCCAUGAUACACACACCCAGCAAAGUCAAGGCUGUUCCCACAGUAAGCCUGUGCACUUCAGCUUCUUCUUGCUCUGCUGUGGAAAUGAGUUCUAAUGAAAGAAAAAAAGAUUCCAGCGCAAUCCAAUGCAGCAUCCAGAAUUACCAGUCACACAGCCGUAACAGACGCUCUAAAUCGCUGUGUCAGACAGAUCAGAGGGCACUUCCUCUUACUUUGUUGGUUCCUCCAGAGAAAGUCUACUUCCCGAUCACUGCAAAUUCUCCUGGCACCCUUCGGCGUUGCCUCAGUGGGACACUAAGCAAAGAAGAGCCUCCAAGUCAGUACAUCUACAAAGGCCCUUCACAUCGUACCAUCAGCCGUAUUACCAACCGACAGCAGCACUACCAUCAGCAAAGCUCUGCCACUGGCCAUGAGGGCUGGGUUGGGUCUGGCCGGGGGGUCACCAUGGCUGGUGAAGGCUGGGGGACACAGGGGCAGCAGGAUGUGUACAGGGACAACCAUGUCAUUGGGACAGGGCAGUACCAAGCCAACCUGAACCUACACAGGGCUGCUUCACUCCAUAGUCUAAAGAGUGCUGGGAAAGUAUUGGAUAUUUCGGAUGGGGCAUCGGUUCACAGCAACGACGCACUUGAAGAAAUGCAGGUUCUGGACAUGGCUACAGCUGUCAGAUAUCUCUCUGAGGAAGAUGCUGCUUUGCAAGUUCUUGGAGCUGCAUACAUACAACACCAAUGUUACCAUAGCAACAUUGCCAAAAACCAGGUCCAUGCUCUUCAUGGUGUUCCAGCUCUUGUUCAGCUAUUCUCUAGUGACAACCAAGAAGUGCAGCGUUUUGCCACUGGUGCCAUGCGAAACCUAAUCUUCGAGAACACUGACAACAAGUCAGCACUUGUCAAUGCAGGUGGCGUGAUGUGUCUUGUAAGCAUCCUGAAUAAACCUGAUGAGGAAUUACGAAAGACCAUUACAGGUGUACUGUGGAAUCUGUCCUCAAGAGAUAAUCUGAAGGAGAAGCUGUCCAAUGAGGCUUUAACAGAGCUUACAGAAAAAGUACUGAUUCCUCUGUGCAGCAGCAUGCCGUUAAGCACAUCUGAGAGAGAGAUAUUCAACAACACGACAGGCUGCCUCAGGAACUUAAGCUCUGUGAAUGAAAGAACAAGACGGACGAUGAGGGAUAUGCCAGGCCUGGUGGACUCAUUGGUGUCCUACAUCAAACAAGAGGAGACAGUCGAUGACAAGGGUUUGGAGAAUUCAUUAUGUGUGAUGAGGAAUCUGUCCUACCAGUUGUACGUGGAAAUUCCCUCAUCUGUCCGACUCCGCCUUGAAGGUCGCAAGGCGGCCUCCAGGGACAGUGAGGCCAUAGGCUGCUUUACUGUGUAUAGCAAAAAAAACACAAAGCUUAAUCAGAGUCCCUUCAUCAUGUCUGAAGUGUCUCAACAGCCAAAGGGGUCUGAGUGGCUGUGGCAUCCUAAGGUAGUGGUUCUUUACAAGUUUAUCCUGCUAAACAGCAACAGUAAUUCAGCCAUCCGCGAGGCUGCCAUAGGAGCCCUGCAAAAUGUCACUGCAGGAGAGACCCGGUGGUCAUCAGUGCUGAGCUGUGUGAUAAUGGACCAGGAGAGGAUGCUGCCCCUCCUGCUAGAUCUGUUGGACACCCACAGUGAAACUGAACUGAGGUCUCUGACUGGCCUUCUAAGAAAUCUGGCCAAACACUACUCUGACAAAGACAUAGCUAAGAACAUGGUCAACAUGCUUGUUUCCAAGCUGCCCAGUGAUGGAUUUCAAAAAGAGCCAUCCAGUGAGGUGGUGAUUAACAUCUGUGGAGCCCUCAAUCACCUCGUCACCUGCAGUUCAUUGGCAGCCCAUGAAAUCUCGUACUUCAAUGGCCUGCCAAAACUGGUGGGCAUCAAGACAUCACAUGAUACCAGCUAUGGGAGUCUAAAUGCUGCCAGGGCAGCCUCAACUGUCCUCUGCAACAUGUUCCAGUAUAACAAACUGCACAAAAACUACAAACUGAAAGGAUUUGGCAGACAAGACUUCAUAGAUGGAACAAUCUAAGAAAAAGAAUGUGACAUGAUCUGUACUUUUGACCUUUGGAUUAUGGUUAUUGGGAGAGUAAGGAUUUACAAAGGAUAAAAGGACAUCAGAGCAGAUGAUGUACUUUCGGAAGGGGGGGGCGGCAUUUAUGCUUUUUUAAAGAGACAGGGCAGUGGAUAGAGAGAGUGGGGAAUGACAUACGGUAAAACGGCCACAGGUCGGAUAUGAACUCCCUUCUUUCCACAUUUAGUACAUGGGGCGUGCAAACUAAGGCCACCCCUUAUCAUGUAUAACCUUGAUUAAUAUUAAGGGAAGGGGAAUCGGUGAAACCAACAAAUUAUAGAUUUAAAACUUGUCCUCUGUUCCGAAUAUGUGGAUCUGUGCUUAAAGGAAGAAUGUGCGACAUUUUACACCUAAACAUCAAUUUAUGUGCAAUUUGAAGCUACGAGCUAUCUAAAGUGUGCUACCAUUAGCCUGCUAACACAACAAGCAGGCCACAGGCAAUUGCAGCUAAAGCCAAGGUCAACUUUGUACACAGCAAAAUCAGCAUACUUAAAUUAAAACUAUCAGAGUUAAACAUAAAGAUAAACUUUAUUGAUCCCCCAUGGGGGACAUUUUUUUGUCACAACAGCUCAAGAAACAGGAAUAUAAUU